UGGUUGACCUUUGGUCCAAUAGCCCCUACAGCCUGGGGGUUUAUAAAUGAGAAGCUGCCCAGGCAGGCGCCAGACAGCAACUCCUGAGAAGAAGGAACAGGUCCAGCCAAGCGACAGAAUGAGAAGGCCCCUUCCACUGCUCUUUGUCCUUCUGGCGCUGCUUGCUGCGUUUGCACAAGCUCAAGAUGCCCCAAAGGAGAGCCUGGUGGCCAAAGUGCAAGUCUUUGCCCAGCAAGCCAUCCAAAAGACCCAGGAGCGCUUCACCACCCUCCGAGAGUCGGAGGCAGCCCAGCAGGCCAGGGAAUGGAUCACUAACGGCUGGGCAAAUGCAGUUCAAUACUUUGGCCGUGUAAAGGAGAAGAUUGCCACAUUUUUGAAGACGCCGGCACCUGCAGCAUGAUGGAAUUUUGAUUCCACACAAUUCCAGGAGGAUCUCUCGCCCUUCCCAGUACAGCGGCAGGGUGCUAAAGUUGUCCUCAGGGAUGGGCAAGGAUUUCAACAUUUGCCACUGUUUCUCCUUUUCCCUGCCCUGCCUAGUCACUCCUUCAUUCCCUCCUUCCCUCAGACAUCUCAAUGUUCAUUAAGCGUGGCGCUUUCCCCCAUUAAAUCUUGCAAACUCUU